UCACCAUCUCUCCAGUAAGAGCUUAGCCCUUAUUUUGCGUCAUCUACCACAGAGUUGCUCAAGCUACGGUUACAGAUAUCUAUAAAUUUAUUGUCACGUGGAUAUUUUGAGGUUAGGUUAAGACAAAAUCAAAACCGAAAGAAUAUAAACAAGGUUUAUCCUCGUUAUAGUGAUUUAUAAAUGUAUACCUAGUUUGAAUUAAAUUAAGAGAGAAGAUUUGUUGUGUAAAUAUGUCGGCUGUUGUGAGAGGAAACACGUUAUUGUAUAAAGGAAGUAAUUUCUUCAGGCAAAGAUUAGUAUUAUCAGUCCUUAGUGGUAAACCAGUACAAAUAACUGAGAUACGAACAUUAGACGAUGAACCCGGCUUAAGAGAAUUCGAAGUAAGCUUGAUAAGACUUUUGGAUAAAGUAACCAAUGGUACAGUCAUAGAAUUGAAUGAAACCGGAACCUCGGUGUACUUUCAACCAGGCUUACUUUUUGGCGGGACAAUACAACAUGACUGUUCGCUACAGAGGGGCAUAGGAUACUAUCUAGAAGUUUUGUGCAUGUUAGGAUUCUUCUGUAAAGAACCUUUACAUGCCACAUUGAGAGGAGUUACUAGUAACAACAUCGACCCAUCAGUUGACCUUAUAAAGACCUCAAUGUUUGAAACAAUGAAGAAAUUCAUUUUGGAUGACGAAGGCCUAAAAUUGAAGAUAUCUAAAAGAGGGAUGCUACCAUUGGGUGGUGGCGAAGUGAUAUUUGAAUGCCCCAUUCGCAGACAAACGAGGCCUGUACAGUUGUUAGACAGUGGCAUGGUGAAAAGGGUCAGAGGAAUUGCUUAUGCUCUUAGAGUGUCGCCGGCAAUAGCAAAUCGAAUUGUAGAUAAAGCAAAAGGUGUUUUGCUACAGUUUUUGCCAGAUGUUUAUAUCAACACUGAUCAGAGUAGAGGCAAGCAGUCAGGGAAGAGCCCUGGAUUUGGGAUACAUUUAGUAGCGGAGACUACAAAUGGAGUAUAUUAUUCAUCAGAACAGGUUUCUAAUGUAGUAUCAGAAGGUGAACCACCUUCAGUUCCAGAAGACUUAGGGACUGCAGCAGCUCAACGUCUUCUGUACGAAAUAUACUUAGGAGGAGUAGUUGACUCAACCUCACAAGCCUUAGCGAUUCUUUUUAUGGCAUUAGGACAAAAAGAUGUAUCUAAACUGGUCGUUGGACCUCUUACAGAGAACUCAAUUUGGUUCUUCAGGCAUCUGAAAGAAUUCUUUGGAAUAACAUUCAACAUUGAGAAUUAUGAAAACGAAGAGGCACAAGAUGGCACUGGUUCACAGAAAGUUUUAUUGACGUGCGUUGGAAUCGGAUAUACCAAUAUAAGCAAAAGGACUAUAUAAACUUGUGUGUCUGCUUACUUUUAUGUUGUGUAAAGUACAGAGAAAAUGAGGUGUAAACAGAAAGCAGAAUAAAGAUGUUAUUGUUUCAGAGAUUUUGUAAAAUAAAAUACAAAAAUGAAUGAUAAAAACAUUUUUAUUGUUAGUACAAUCUGUACAAUAAUAUAAAAGAAUAACAUUUUAUAUACAUUAUGCUACAAAAAUAUAAAUUAUAUGAAAAAAUAAUUCAUAAAUAAAAUUGUUUAGAAAGUCUUUUUGAGAACAUAUCGGCUAAUGUUUUUUUAAUGUGUAUUUCCAC